UCAUUUGGUAAGGGAAUAAGUGCCUGGGGCCUGGGGCCUGGAGCAUGUGUUUCAUGCUGUUUAUGCUUAUUCUAUUUGAAUGGAAAGACUGUUUAUGUGGAUCCUAAUCCUAUCAUCAUAUUCCUCUUGUUUUUCACUCAUAUAAGUUUGGUCCGUGACCAAGGGCAAUCAACGAAUUAGGGUUUGUGUACACACAACAUUCGGUAACAAUGUCUGUUGGGAGUGGAGGAGACAAAACACUGGAGGCAAUCUGUUAUAGGCGCGGCUCACUUCAGUUACUUGAUCAACGAAAACUCCCCCUAGAGACUCUUCAUCUGGAUAUCCACGAUACAAACGAUGCCUGGGAUGCAAUUAAGGAAAUGGUUGUCCGUGGGGCACCUGCAAUUGCUAUAGCUGCUGCACUGUCUUUGGCAGUAGAAGUUUCAAAUUUAGCUUCUUUUGAUGGGACUUCUCAUGAUGCAUCAGUUUUCCUUAGUAAAAAAUUGGAUUUUCUUGUUUCAAGUCGUCCGACAGCUGUUAAUCUUUCAGAUUCUGCAGUAAAGCUUAAAGAAGUUAUAAGCAAGGCUGCUGCCAUAGCCAAAGAAGCCAAUUCAGUGUUUCAGGCUUACAUUGAAGCUGCUGAAGUUAUGCUGGAGGAUGAUGUUACUUCCAAUAAGGCAAUUGGUUCAUAUGGAGCUAGUUUUAUUAAGAAUUACCUGACAGACUCUAAGAAUAUAACAAUUUUGACCCAUUGCAACACCGGAAGUCUUGCCACAGCUGGAUAUGGAACUGCUCUUGGUGUUAUCCGGGCACUUUAUGCUGACGGAGCUUUAGAAAGGGCAUACUGCACAGAAACCCGUCCAUUCAAUCAGGGAUCCAGAUUGACUGCAUUUGAAUUGGUUCAUGAGAACAUCCCAGCCACCCUUAUAGCUGAUUCAGCUGCAGCUGCAUUAAUGAAUGCUGGUCGUGUGAAAGCUGUCAUUGUUGGAGCUGAUCGUAUAGCUGCAAAUGGUGAUACUGCCAAUAAGAUUGGAACUUACAACCUUGCUGUUUCUGCCAUGCAUCAUGGUAUACCAUUUUACGUUGCAGCGCCUUUGACUUCUGUUGAUCUAUCUCUUUCUUCUGGACAAGAAAUUGUGAUAGAAGAAAGAUCUCCAAAGGAACUGUUACAUACACGAGGAGGACUUGGUGAACAAGUUGCUGCCUCUGGUAUUUUGGUUUGGAACCCUGCAUUUGAUGUCACCCAAGCUAAGUUGAUUAGUGGAAUCAUCACUGAGAAGGGUGUCAUCACGAAGAAUGGGACAGACACUUUUGAUAUUGCUGGGUUUGUGCGCAAGACAGCAGGAAAUUUGUGAUGCUGGUUUUGUUAAAUGUUUGUUUAGUUGAUAUUUCUUGAGCUUUGCUAAACCCCUCCAUCUUAGAGUGAGUAAAAAGUACUGACAAGGCAACAUCUAUUUCACUCCAAUAAUGUUAAUCUAUUGUGGUCCUAUAUGAACAUGGAAAAUUGUUUUGCUAUGGGUAAGUAACAGUAAUAUGCCAUGUCCCCAUUGGCAUCCGUAUUUUGUCAAUAAAAAUGUUUGUCAAUUUAAAUAUGA